AAGUCAGGUUAUUUAUCCAUGAUAGAUAAAAAAUGUUAUCAAAACAUUUACAUACAUUUUGAUCAUUCAGCUGACACUUAUCUUGAUCACCAUGAAAUGCAAAAUAGAACAUUCAAACUAUUGAAUAUUGAAAAUCAAUUUUCAAAUAAUGACCAACAAGUUCCGCAAAAACAUGUAUGCAUGUAAAGGUGGCGCGAGAAACAAAAUUUUUACAUGUUGGUUUGUCAUCAACAGGAAACACCACAAAUUGAUACUUGUGAAAUGGAUAUCAGUUCAGCAACAUCAGCCUUGGACAUCAGCAUGGCAUCAGAACCUGCCUCAGAACCUGCUGCUGACCCUGCUGACUCCAGUUUUGUCCCUGACACAAGCCCCUCCACCUCUACCACAGGAAGCACAGCAAGUAUUCCUGGACAAUAUAGAGGAUGGACAGAGAGGAAGUGGCUGGUUAAUGAGUCCAAACUCAUGGAACUGUUCCAAAAAUGCACUUUUUGUGGAGCUGCAAUGUGUGAUGUCAACCAAAUUGUGAAAACUUCUGGCAGCAUGAUCAGAAUCAUAUGGAAAUGUGAUAAUGGACACACUGGAGAUUGGGAAUCUUGCCCAACUGUCCGUGGAAUGGCGGAGAACAACCUGCUAUCAGCAGCAGCAACACUCUUCACUGGUGCUACUUACACAGACAUUGCUGAAUGGGCAGGGGUUUUGAACCUUCAGCUACCCCAGAAAACCACCUACUACAGGAUACAGUCUAGCUACCUGAUUCCAGUUAUCGCAGAAGAAUACAAGAAGCAGGAGGACACUAUAAAAGCAAGACUCAUCUGCCAGACUCUAGAUGGCGAGGGAGUGCAGGUCUGCGGAGAUGGAAGAAGUGACAGCCCAGGCCAUUCCUGCAAAUACACAACGUAUUCCUUCAUGGAUGACUUCACCAAUCAGAUUGUCACAUUUGAGUUGAUUCAGGUGACCCAGGCCAAAAGUUCUGUUGCCAUGGAACCAAUGGGUUUCAAGAAAGGUCUGGAAAAGCUACUAGAUGAAGGGAUCCAUGUAAAGGUUGUCACAACUGACAGACAUCCCUCUAUCAGGAAAAUAAUGAGGGAGGAUUUUCCAAAUAUAGAACACCAGUUUGAUCCAUGGCAUACCGCAAAAGCAAUAAAAAAAAAACUGGUUUUGGCAUCCAAUCGCAAGAACUGCAUGGACCUUGCUCCUUGGAUAAAGAGUGUGAGCAAUCACAUGUGGUGGAGCUGUAGUUCAUCAAAAGGAGAUACAAAGGAAUUGCUGAGACGAUGGAGGUCAAUUCUCCAUCAUAUCUGUGGGGUCCAUCGCUGGGAAGAAGAUGGCAUGAUUUAUAAAUGCUAUCACACUGAGCUGCCAGCGGAUGUGCAAAGGAAAAAGAAGUGGUUGGCAGAAGACUCCCCGGCCUACAAGGCCCUUUAUGAAGUGUGCAUGAAUGCACGACUUUUGAAAGACCUGGAACAAAUGGCACUGUUCAAACACACGGGUAUGUUUAUCAAAGACUUCACAGCUAGUGAUUUGGCUACAUACAUUUUAGUUUCUGUUGUAACUAUUUCUGUGAAACUUGUUUACAAUGUAUUAGGUGGUAACAUUGCACAAUAGACAAUGGUGAACUUCAUCAGAUCAUGCAUACAAGUUGAAAUCUGUGUUCAAAUUAUUGUUUAUAUAGUCUAUACAGUUUUGUAAUUUUAACUGUCUUUA